ACGGCCGCUUAGUCGGUUUCGAACUUUCGUUCGAGUGUUAGUCUGCGUGUAACAAGAUUAAAAUAAUCGUUAAUGAAAGAAAAUUAUUAAGUGAGGUUAAUUAAUGGCACGUUAAGCAGCGUGUACACAUCUUCAGUUUCAUGUUAAAGGAUGGACAAGAAAGAAAUCAAUUUGGACUCGGUAUUGGAGAGUCUGGGACCGUACGGACGUUACAAUCUAUUGAAUUUCGUCCUUUUACUCUUCCCAGUACUGCUGAGUGCGUUCUAUGAGUGCGGCUUCAUAUUUGAGGCACAGGAACAAAUCUACCGGUGCAAAGUAGAUGGCUGUGAAAACACGUUCAACGACACAUCCUGGAUGCAGUACGCUAUACCGAGGGACAAUAACAAGGAAAGACCCGAGUCCUGUGAAAGAUAUGCCCCAUACACUGCCAUUGAACAUUGCACCCCGGAUGAAUUCAGUAAUAGAACCAUACCGUGUGAUAGUUUUGUGUAUGAGUUAAAUGGAUCUUUAGUCGAAGAGUUCGACCUAGGUUGCCAAGAAUGGAAGCGCGCGCUAGUAGGAACCGUCCACAACAGCGGAAUGUUCGUGGCCAUGCUGUUCACUGGGAUUCUCUCCGACCGGUUCGGAAGAAAGGCUGCAGUGGGUCUUGCAGCAACAGCAAGUUGCCUCUUUGGGAUACUAAGAGCUUUCUCACCCAAUUACGCCAUGUAUAUGGCAAUGCAUUUCUUUGAAGCUGCAUUUGGGGGCGGGUUGUAUCCGUCCGCCUAUGUCUUAGCUGUCGAGCUGGUUGGCCUCAAGCAGCGUGUGAUUGUCUCCGCCAUGUGCAAUAUGGCCUUUGUCGUCGGUGUCGUCCUCCUUGCCCUUUUGGCCUGGUUCGUUAACAAUUGGAGAACCUACAUUCUCAUACUCUACAGCCCAGCCAUCAUUGUUGGAUUGUACGUGUGGCUUAUGAACGAAAGCGCAAGAUGGCUGCUUAGCAAAGGCAGAAAGGAAGACGCUAUUAAAACAUUAAAACGAGCAGCGAAAUUGAACAAUAUGGAUCCCGCCAAAUUAGAUUUGGAUGCACUGAGCGAUCCCUUACUAAAGAGCGAGGUGACCCCAGACAAAAAGUCCCAAUUCUCAAAAGCGAUACGUUCUAGUAUUAUUUGGAAGCGUUUAGUUGUGUGUUCAUUUUUGUGGUUAACAUGUUCAUUGGUGUAUUACGGGCUGUCGAUAAACUCAGUGUCGCUAAGUGAUAACAAAUACGUAAGUUUUAUGUUGGUGACAGUUGUAGAAAUUCCGGCGUAUAUAAUAGUUGUGAUAGUGUUGGACAAGUAUGGCAGGAAAAAGACGAUGGUAGCUAAUUACAUGACGUGUGCGGUAACCAGUUUGCUGUUCGCUUUCUUGCCUAAAGGUAACUGGUACUCAAUAGUCUUAUACCUAAUCGGCAAGUGGAGCGUCACUCUCACAUACAGCUCAGUCUACAUCUACGUGUCUGAAGUAUUUCCCACUAACAUGCGGCAGAUGUUGCUUAGCAUUUGCUCUACCUCUGGGAGGAUAGGAUCUCUUAUUGCACCAUUGACACCUUUGCUGUCACACUACCACAAAUCCAUGCCAACAGUGAUUUUCGGUGGAAUGUGCAUCAUAUGCACCAUGCUCGUUUUUCUUCUUCCGGAGACACGAAACAUACGUCUACCAGACACCAUUGAGGAAGCUGAAGAAUUAUCUAGGAAAAAGAGAAGAGCCGAACCGUUAACUGACAUAAAGUAAAUCUUAUGAUCUGACGAACUUAUUGAAAAUCCAUUAGAAAAAAAUUAGCCGCUAAAAAUUAACUUACACCUAAAGUGGAUGGCUCCGGCAUCUAUAAAAAGAGUUUUAUGUUCCUAAGUGUGUCUUUGAGCUUACCACGUAACUUAAAUAGCGAUUUCAGUGAUUGACUCAAUGGAAAACUUUGCAUUGGUACCACUUAAGAACCUCUAUGGCGUUAUCUAAUGAAAAAACUCUGAUGUUGCUAAUUAACUUGAUGCUAAAACUAAAUAUAUGGGAAUCGAUAUUGAAGUUACGCAGUAAGCUUUCUAAUUGAGUUUAUUUUUAAUUUUAAAAGUAUCUUUUGUCAACGUUAUCUAUUUUUCAUUUGUAAAUAAAUUACCAAAUUACCAAGUGGUUCAAAAAUUAUACGGCCAAAGAAUAAAACAAGAAAUUAUAAAAUAUUGUUAUAUUCAUAGUGAUAAAAACGAAUUUCUAUAUUUCUUAUAUGUCUAAUUUAACAAAACUACUUAUCCAUCACAGCGUAAACAUUAUUUGACAGAAAGAUGAAAGAGUAUUUUUAAAUUUAGUAAGAUAUUCUAGAAAUACAAGAAAAAUAUUAUGUGACGGUAGAACAAUUUAAAAAUUUUCUGUCUACCGCCGUACAUUACCAUAAUAAUAUUAUACUAAAAAUUAAACAAGUCAACCUACAAAGAGUGCUUGAUCUUAAAUUGUGAUGAAGAGUGAUUUAUCUUAAAUUGUUAACAUUUGUUCUACUCGUGAGUAAAUAUUUACAUAUAUAUUACUCAUACUAGCUUUAAAGGCAAUUUAAAGACAAUAAUGCAUUUAAGAAUCUGUGGUUUCACAGUCUAAAAGCAAUUUCAUUAUUUACGACUUCUAUACAAUGCCACAGACUGCAUCAAAUUCCAUUGUGAUAACAAUGUUAUGACAAUAUUAAUGCGUGGCCAACAAAAUUGAUAGGGUUUUCAAAAAAAUAUAAUAUAUAUUUUUUAAAGAUACAAUUAUUAUUGUAAACUGAUUUGCAAUUAUUUUACUUUAAUUUUUAAUUAGAAAUAAAGACUAUAUUUAAAACAAAACAAAGAUAUGCAUGUAUUAUGUAUACUGAAUAAUCGUUAAGCCGAGCGAACGUAAAUCACAAUUUGUCAUAUAAAAUGCUUACAUACCUAUCACUGUAAGAAGCCUAAGUUCACAUAUAAAAUAGCUUUCUCAUCCCAGGAUACGAUUUAAUGUCAAAAAUUUGCGCUAAAUAUCAGUCACGACUGUUAAAAAUUUGACAUACGGCAGUCGUCUCUCUUACUCUUGAUCGACCAAGUCGUUAUAACUUAUAAGUCUUAUAUCUUAGGGCUCAUUCAGACGAACGGCACGUGCCAACUGCAAGCGUCGACGGCAGGCGUCAACGUUUCGGCGGCAGCUGUCGAUGGGUUUUUACGCUUGCAGUUGUUGCGUGCUACGUAACUAAUAUAGACAGAGAGCCAGUUGCAAAAUGGCUUAUGGCUUAAAUUAUGGCAAAAUGGCAAAAAGAAGAAACUUACAAGUUCCUCACACACAGCCGCCCAUGCCCUGUUUUUUUAUUAUUUUGUUACUAUAGUCUCGUAAUUUAUAAUUCCAAAUACAAGCUCUUUUAUUUACUGCAACUAUCAGCAAUUCAAUAUCAAUCUCUUCACUGGAGCUCAUUGUGUGGACGCGCGAGUCACGACGCUUGGACUAUUUGCAGUCGACUGACAAAAUGGUGGUCGUGGCACGCCACCACUGCAAGCGUCGACAAACGUUGACGCCUGCCGUCGACGCGCUAACGACUGCCGUCAACGGCAGCCGUCGACACUUGCAGUUGGCACGUGCCGUUCGUCUGAAUGAGCCCUUAGGUAGAAUGACCAAUUUCAAUGUUAUUACAGUGUUACAUUACAACAGUUUGUCAUUCGUAACUAUAGUACUUCAUCGGUGACCUGCAGAGAAACUCGAUCGACUUUUUAAUAAAAGCGCGGAAGGAAUUGCGUUUAGUUAAGUUUCACAGCCCUAACUCAUUGUAUGAAGAUUUGAAACUUCCUUUGUUUAUAGUAUGCACAAUGUAAGACGUACAUAACUUUCAUACUUUUAACACUUAUGACUUAAGCUUUUUAACAUAAUAUCAAAUACAAUCAUUAACUCGCUUCUGUAUUGUAUGACGCUUAAUGGCAGUCGUAUCGACAAACUAACUAACUUAAAACUGGUGUUUAUUAUAAUUUUUUCUUGUACAAAAAUAUUAGUAUUAUAUCAGUACUUGUUCUUCUAUUUUUUUUUAUAAAUAAGGUUUUGUAAUACAACAGAGUACUUCCUAAAACCAUAGACUAUGGACUUUUUUUUAAUAAUUCUUUACAUUACCUUUCAUUUACUCUGCUUACGUGAAUUUCUUUCUUUUAUAAUUUAUGAUACCAAAAUCUUAUUUUUAUGCUACAAUAUAUUAUUUUUAAAUUGAACAUUUAGAUUUACGUUUGUUAUCACCAAUAUUUUAAUCUUAAGUAGUACUAAUUUCUAAGUGAAUUUUGCAAUUUAUUAAGACAUAAUAAUCAGUAUUUUUGUAUAAUUGGAAUUAGGGACCAAUCGAUUAGCAACUUUUAUUAA